GGAAAGUCGCACAUGUGUGACGUUACAGUGUCGCUGCUUUGGCGCGAUGUUCGUGUGGAUUUGAAAAAGCUUCAAACGGUUUAGACGGUGAAGACGGGGCAUUAUUUUCUUUCUUUUCAGACGGCCUUAUUUUCUGCGACUGGGCUCCAAAUAUUGCUGGGAUGUCGUGGGACUUCUUUGUGCCUGUGUGUGUGGGUGAUCUGGUAAAGACUGGAGGGAUCAACCAAUAUGUUGUUCAAGAUGUUGUUUCCCCAAAACAGUUGCCCUCUUACCUCAGCAGAUUUAAGGCAGCAUUGAGAAGCCAAGGCCCUAUGUGCAUCUUUGAGCACUUUGAUACAGGCUACAGCGUGCUCCAGCAUGGUAAUGUAGUGGAGCUGAGUGUGAAAGAGGAUUUACUGGAAUUACUCUUGCAAGUGGUGAACAGACUGGCCGUGUCCCUGCCUACACUCCUCCUUUCUACUCCCAUCUCAGCGGCAGACCGCAAAGAGAACAUCAACGCAGUUAAAAUGAGCGUCUUUCUGUUGUGCAAACUAACAGAGAACCUUGAGAGUGAUUCGUAUAGGCAGAGCAUUGUCACAGCAUCUGGAAAGCAGGGUAGUAAAAAAUCCAAGGGUGAUGGUAAAGGGCUUCUGCAUUGGGAGUCAGAGAGGGAGAAAGUGCUUCAGGGACUCAUCCAGCUCCUUCAGCUGGAUAUCCGGUCCCUCUGGAACCUCUCUCUGGUGGAGGAAGAGUUCAUCAGUUGUGUGACCUGUUGCUGCUACAAACUACUUGAGAACCCAGCCAUUAACCAUGUCAAGACCAAACCCACCAGAGACUGCAUAAUCCACCUACUUGGGGUGCUGAUCAAGAAAUACAAUCACCUCUUGGGUGCAAGUGUCAGAGUGAUCCAACUGCUGCAACAUUUUGAGCAGUUGUCCAGUGUGUUUGCCCAGGCUGUGUUUGUGUGGAGCACAGAAUACGAUGUCAGGGCUAUCAUCGGAGAAGUCAUAAGGGAGAUCGGUCAGAAGUCAAGUGAAGAGCUUGCUAGAGAGGGGUCAGGGGUCAAGGCCUUUGCUUCAUUCCUCUCUGAACUUGGUUCCCUGGUGCCUGAGUUGGUGAUUCUCAACAUUAGUGUGCUCAUCACACAUUUGGAGGGAGAGAGCCAUACAAUGCGUGUUGCUGUGUGUGAGGUGCUGGGAGAGAUCCUUGUGCGAGUCCUGUGUGGUGAUGGGCUAGAUGAAACUGGUAAAGCUGAUCGUGACCGCUUCUUUGACAUUCUCCAGGAACAUGUGCAUGACACACACUCUCAUGUCAGGGCACGUGUGUUGCAGGUUUACACACGCAUCAUCAACAGCAAAGCUUUGCCCCUGUGUAGGUACAGUGAAGUCAUGGAGCUGACUGUUGGGCGGUUGAUGGACAAAUCCAUUAAUGUGGUUAAGAGUGCCAUCCAGUUACUGGCAGCAUUUAUUGCACACAACCCAUAUAGCUGCAAGUUGAGCAGUACUGAUCUAAAGAAACCACUAGAGAAAGAGACAGCUAAACUCAGAGAGAUGAAAGAGAAAAUUGUGGAAAAGGCACCAGUGAUCAGAGCGUCUGAGCUGUGGGCCGCCAUGGAGCCUGAGCUGCUUAUCACAGUUGAAAAAGAGUUAGAUGUUACAGGCAAAGCAGAAAAGGAGCUGCAGCAGGUGGAAGACGGGGAUGUAGAGGAAGAAAAGGAGGCAGAAGAUGACAGAGCGACUGCAGUGAAGAUUGUUCAGUACCUCCAUGUCAACAAAUACAGGAGUGCUGUGCGCCUUUGCAUAAGAGCCCACAGCUGCUUCCCUGAAUCGGAGAUCUUUGCUGCACUGUCCACUCUCACCCCCACAACUGUAAUGGCCACACUGGCUCUUCUCUUCAAAGGUUCUGAGGAGGAAACUUCUCAAACCAGCCAGAAUUUGCCCCAAACUCCACAGGAGCCAGGAGAAAAAGGUGAUGACAGUGAGCUGAAAAAGCAGGAGAUGUUGGUUCAGUAUCUGAGAGAUACAGAGACCUUUGCCCUACAAGUAGAGAGGGCAAUCUCUGUGAUUAACACAAUGCUCUACUGGAAAACCACUUCAGUUGUCCAGGAGGCUGUGCAGUUUUGUGUGACUGUAUGUGAAUUCGGUGUUGCCAACUCUGUCAGCGGUGUGAGGAAGAUGUUGCCUCUGGUCUGGUCGACUGAUGCUGCCAUUAAAGAUGCUGUUGUUCAGGCCUACAGGCGACUUUAUCUUAACCCACAAGGAGACACCAUCAGGAUGAAAGCACAGACGCUUGUGGACAGUCUCUCUGAGCUGAUGAUGGAUGCAUCUUUGGGAACAAUCCAGUGUCUUGAGGAGAUUGUACAGGAGUUCUUUGGGAGUGAUAGCAGUCUUCAGUCCACAGUAGUGCAGGUCUUGUGGGAGAGAUAUACUGGAAAACGAGAAACCUCAAGCCUGUACAAGAGAGCUGCAGUGUUCCUACUAGGCAUGGCUGCACGAGCAGAGAGGGAGGUGGUUCUUAGUAAUCUGGAUACCAUUUGCUUUGUGGCUCUGGGAGAAAAAGUGUCUGAAGACUUUCUUCUGGCGAGAGACAGUGUGAUUACCAUCUGUAGCAUCACUGACCAUGUCAGGCAGUCAAAAGGUGCCCCUUUCAGGCUGCCACAGGACCAUCAGCUUUUUACUUGUCUCACACAAGCCAUUGCUGAAGGUGUGGUGAUGGAAGAUCCUUAUUGGCAAAGCUUCAUGGAACAGGCGGUCCGUCUCAUCUACUUCCUGGCUGAAUCACCUGACCAGCUGUGUUCAUGCCUCCUCCAGCGCAGCGCUCGCCUCUUACUCAAUCAGAUAGCAGAAGGAGAAGAAAUCAACAAGGACGCUGAAUCUCAAAAACAAGAUGGCUACCAGGAGUCCAGUCAGCAAGGUGAACAAGUGAACUGUGUGUGUCUGGCCCAGCUGUUAGCUGUGUGUGGAUGUGUGGCUUUCUGGCAGGUUUCACACCUAGAACGUAGUGUUAGUGGUGAGCUACGGAGGAGGAGAGGAGAGACAGAAGAGAGUGAGUCAAAGGAGAAAGGCACAUUCAACAAAACUAAGCAGCAAGUGACCAAUGAGAGCACGAUGGAAGAGGAACUUGGGUUGGUUGGUGCAACUGCUGAAGAUACAGAGGCAGAACUCAUCAGAAAGAUCUGCGAGACAGAGUUGCUAGCUGAGGAGAACCUGCUGUGUGCAUUUCUUCCCCUGCUGGUGAAAGUCUGUAGUUCCCCGGGACGUUAUUCCCACCCGCAGCUCACUGCAGCUGCUUGCCUGGCACUUUCUCAGUAUAUGAUGAUAAGCCCAUCAUUGUGUGAAGAGAAUAUCCGCCUUAUGUUUACUGUGCUGGAGCGCUCAACUCUACCCAUUGUCAGGGCCAAUGCCAUCAUAGCUCUUGGGGACCUCACUGUCCGUUUUCCAAACAUUUUGGAGCCAUGGACACACAAUCUCUAUGCGAGGCUCAGUGAUGAGGUUUCCUCAGUAAGGCAGACAACUGUGACAGUUCUUACUCAGUUAAUACUUAAGGAUGUACUCAAGGUCAAAGGUCAAGUCAGCGAGGUGGCGGUGCUCCUAAUUGACCCAGAGCUUCACAUCGCUAGCCUGGCCCUUAAUUUCUUCAACGAACUGUCUACUAAGGACAACGCAAUCUACAACCUGCUCCCAGACAUCAUCAGCCGGCUGUCGGAUCCGGACAGAGGCAUGAGCGCCGACGACUUCCAUACUAUCAUGAAACAGCUUUUUUCAUACAUCACUAAAGAAAGGCAGACUGAAUCCCUGGUAGAGAAACUGUGUCAACGCUUCAGGACUGCCAAGACAGAACGUCAGUGGUGCGACUUAGCAAUGUCUCUGUCUCUGCUGUCCAUGUGUGAGCGCAGCUUUAAGAGGCUGCAGGAGUGCUGGGAGUGUUACAGCGACAAGCUGACUGAGCCUGGAGUCUACCAGCCUCUGCUCUCCAUCACUGCCAGGCUCCGCCGUGGGGCUAAACCCCACCUUAAGACCCAAGUAGAUGAGUUUGAAAAGCGGCUGACUGCAGUUCACACCCGUGGACUGGAGAAUGUUGAAAGCCCUGAGAUGCUGGAGGAGACCCAAAAAGGAGGAGGAUCCACUGACAAGGCCACCUCACGUACUCCUCUGCCAGCCAGAGGUCGGCUGAAGUCAAAGAGAAGUCAAGCAAAGCCCUCUGUUUCCAGUCAUAGUGAUGACAGUUUUGUGACGCCUCAGAAAUCUCGCAAAUCUAGGAAACCUGUGAUCACAUUCAGCAGCGAUGAAGAACACAGUGAAGAGGACGCUGUCAUGGAGGAGAGCGAGACACCUAAAGUGACGACCCCCAUCACCCGCACAUCCCGGCGAGCUCGUCUCAGAAACUGACCUCUGACUUUUCAUCUGAACUGAAGUGCUGCGCUGUUGUAUUCUUACAUGUUUUAACUUUUUGCCCUUUAAACUUUUUUUUUAAAGAUGUUGCUGCUUAGCAGUAGGCUGACAGUCUGAAGAUGUGUAAUAAAAUCAACACAGUAAGCCUAGCUGUUUGUUGAUAAUGAUUCUAUAACUGUACUUUUCUGGACUUUGGUUCUAAAACUGCCUUAAAUACAAAGAACCUCGCUAAAACUAAAAUGUUUCCCUGAAAACAUUGUUGUAACUGAGCCUCGUUAAAAUGAAACUGAGAGAUUGAGAUGUAUCACCUGUAGAAAAUUGUUCUUUAGAAGAGUCCUGAAUUUGCAUGAACUAUUGUUUUCGUCGGUGUAAGUGAUUUCUUGUACAAAUUGCUUAUGAGUUUUGAAGAUUUGUAUCUGAUGGUAGAUUUGUUCUUCACAAACCAUUGAGCAUGCAGACAUUGGCAACCCAUUGGCUCAUAGAGGUUAUUGAUUUAUCAGCUUCAGUACAGUAUAUAAUGUACUGUUAUUACCCUAUUCAUAUCACUGAUACUUUUCUUUUUAGUUACACUCGUGUGCUUUUAUGUAUAUAUUUUAUGUGAAAAUGAAAAGGUCCCGCACUCCGUCUUACUUGCUGUAGAAAAAUUUAUUCAGGACAGUAUCAC